UCCGGUGCGAGACGUAAUGAAUACACCCCUUGUUCGUGUACGUCUCCCUCGACGUGUUUUGUUAUUGUGGAAUCCUGUCAAACACCCGGAGAGGCUCAAAGGUUUCAAUUGAUUGAGUGGACGGCGCUGUGCUGUGCUAGCCACCUUUAAAAAUAUAUAUAAUCUAACUUACAUAUUUAUUUUUGUUUUGUUGCUAUAAAGCUCCCCAAAAAACUCCGCUCAAUUCGACGCCAUGGACGUUGGUCAAGCAUGCCCCCCUGCCCCCACUCUCUCUCUUGACCCAGACAUCAACCUGAACUCUCCCAACAAGGGCCUGGGCCCUGCAGGAGGAGCAGACCCGCUGACUGAUGUCCCCGUGGAGGUCGGAGCCGUGGGGGUAUCCUCCAUCAACACGUUACCCCCGGGGCUCACAGAGGAGGAGGCUGAGGAGAUCCGCUCUGAGCUAGUCAAGGUAGAAGAGGAGAUCAGCACCCUGAGACAGGUGCUCCUGGCCAAAGAGAAGCAUUCUGCUGAUCUGAAGAGGAAGCUGGGGCUGAGCCCCCUCAACGAGCUCAAACAGAACCUCACCAAGGGGUGGCAGGAUGUCCAGACCUCUAAUGCAUAUCUUACAGCGUCUGCAACUUUGGAUGAAAUUGCCCGAUCUGAAGCGUACAAGAAGACUCAGGAGACCCUGUCUGUGGCGGGACAGAAGACCACUGCUGCCUUCUCCACCAUGGGCACUGCCCUCAGCAGGAAACUGGGAGACAUGAGAGCGCUGCCGUUCUCUAACUCCUUUAGUAGCAACUACUCCAUCCGUCAUUCAAUAAGUAUGCCAGCGAUGAGAAACUCUCCAACCUUCAAGUCGUUUGAGGACAAAGUUGGAAACAUCAAGUACAAGGUGGUUGGAGCCAGAGGUAACGGUGAAGCUGUCCAGUCCCCGACCGACACGAACCCUGUUCAGGACAACGCACCCUUCUGAAGAUCCCCCCCCCCCACACUCCCCUCCUCCUCUCUCUCAUCACCGGGACUGUGACAUCAUCAUUAAGCGCCUCAUCACUGAGUGACACAUGACCUUUGGCCUAAAGAAGUCACCUUCUAAUCUCCACAUUACUCACUACUGCCUCCCUCGCCUGACCUGGAAAACGUAGUGCCCUAUAUCAUUAAUACUACUGCCCAGUCCUAAAUCACCCCCUAGCCCCUACUCCGUAGCCCCUACCCUCUCCCUUGUGGAGAACUGGAAGGACUGGAGUGAUGUGUGCAGUAUGGCAACAAUUCCACCUAUGCUAUGACAGGUCAAGGUGGGAGCCACUACUAUAUUGUUUAAACCAAUAGGUUGAUUUGUUGCAUAUUGCUUACUCUUAUCUAGUUCCUUCAGAUCUCCACAAGUGCCUAGGAGGUUACGGGCUAAAGGUACGUUUGGAAUCUCCCUCCACAGCCCCUCACUCGCCUACCAAGAGCAUAUCUCAUCUCACUGUGCAAAUAUAAACUACCGCAAAAUACAACCUGAGGUUACAUAACAUCAACUCACCACAGCUUGUAAAAAAAAGACAACUACGGUAAACCAUUUUGUAUUAUAAAACAAUUUUACACUGCUUUGCAUAAUGUUUUUGCAUGAUUUAUCUGUAUGUAUAAAUAUAUAUGAAUAAAUAUAUUGUGAACAAUUACUGCCAGUCGGCGUUCAUCGGUAGGUAUGGCUGACGUGGAGGCUCAAACAAAAAGGCAAAUAAAAAACCACUACGACUACAACAAUGAUCAGUUUGGUGCCCUGCUGAGCGUUUGAUUUCAGUUUGGUGCCCUGCUGAGCGUUUGAUUUCAGUUUGGUGCCCUGCUGAGCGUUCGAUUUCAGUUUGGUGUGUUUCUACAAUGUGGAAGCAAGGCUUUAGUGUAAAGACCAGUUUCUACCUUCAUCAGAUGGCUAUCUUUAGGCCUUACUCUUUCAGUCUUAUUGCUUUCUGUUACUUUGCUGGUAUAAAAUAAAUGUCAUUUUUUUUCUUCUAUUCUUUCUUAAUCUGGGAGUUGUAGAAUAUCGUUUAGCCUGGGAGGUGUUUGCUUUCUCUUUUAUUUUAUAGGCUCAAGUGUUUACUGUUAUUGUGCCACAUCUGAAAUGAUCAACUGUCAAAUACAGUCCAGACAGCUCUCUGUGUCCACCAUUUUAUUCUAAGAAUUGUCCUCGUGCCUCAGGCCUAACCCCACCACACACUUGUAUGCACACACUCCUGUACCCAGACGUACUCGUACCCACCCUGUGACUAGCUCUACUGUUAUUUAUAUAUCAACAACACUUCCUGUUUUGCCAGUGUGCACUAACCCAACCUCUUUAUACUAUAACACAACUCGAAAUAGCUUCUAUUGGUUUGGUAACAACGUCACUUCUUGUUGUUUUCAACAUGAUGUAUCUAUGGAGAUUGUAUCCCCCCCAAUUUAGUGUUACAUUUCUAUCCAGGGGAUGGAGUAUUCAUUUACCCUUUAACUUCUUUUUAUAAUUAUAAUUUUUUAUUAUUUAGUAGUGAUGAUCAUAUUUAGUUUAUGUGUUUUUGAUGUAUCAUUCUUGGUUGGAGUUUAAAUAAGGUUUGUUUUAUAUUUAAUUGCCAUCUCUAAAUCGUUGCCAAUAUGUAAUUUACCUGUCUGUUACAGAUCUCUCUCUCACUUUCAAAUUAAUACCAUAGUUAUUAUAUAGAUGGUAGGUCUGCUACGAUCUGGACCGGUUUCCCCAUCGAUCUGGACCGGUUUCCCCCAGACACGGAUCAGACCAGAGAAUUUCCGACAGGAAUGCGUUUUAGUCCAGGAUUUAGCUUAAUCUGUUGGCAGACAGGGCCUCCCUAAGGCAACCCAAUUCAUGUUUUGUCCGAUUUUUAUUGGCAAAAGAUCUGAUCGGUCAAAAAGACUCAUUUUAGUGGCGAAAGAUCAGAAUUGGGCUGCCUGUGUAAACGCAGCCUUAGUUUAUUCCGUUGUCUGUGCUUAUGACGGCGCAAAGGGAAAAGGCAGAUGUAUCCCAUAGAUUGUGUAGAGCUGCAAAAAACAUUGUUUGGGUCUAAUGUACAUUUUUGGGACGCCACAGCUGAAUUUGUUAAAACACAUUUAUUGAAGGCAUGUACAAUGUUGGGAAUGAUAGGAAUAUAUAUAUAUAUAUAUAUAUAUAGCUUUAUUUAGAAUGGGAGCCUAGUUGUAGACCUUUAAAUGGAUAUGAGAAUGGUGGAUGACUUCAAAUGUUGGUUUGUCAUAUGUUGAGAAUAUCAAUAAAGCAUUCCUUUAAACAAA